UACAGAAGGGAUUGGGUUUCACAGGCGGUGUGAUCUGUGACUGCACUCUUUGGCUUAGGCUAUGGCAACAAGCCUCAUUGGGGCUCAGCCUUUCCCUCUCUGACUGUAGAGGAACGCCCCAGUCUACAUAGAAGGAAAAUUGUUUUGCUGCAUUUCUGCACAGCCCUCACUCCAAAUGCAGUAGAGAGGGAGAGAGAGAGAGAUUGGGGGCAGGCUCUGGACUGGUGUUCUGGGCUAUUUCAACUUCAGGGCAACUUUAGAGAACUUCAGUUAUUUUGGCUUCUGGCAGACAGCUGAGACCAGCAGAGUCUGAUGCGGAUGCAGAUGCGGAUGCUGAUGCAGAAGAAGAUGAUUCUGUCAAUGAAGUGACAAUAGAAGACAUACGACCAAGGCCACAAGGAUCCUCUCCAGUUUAUGAAUAUUCCAUAGAAGAAGACUAUUUUAACAAAAAGCUUCAAGAAGAUCUAGAGAACAAAAAAUAUUCUAGAGACAAAGAAAAACUGGCUCAUCCAGAGAAGACCAUGGAAGUGACCCUGACAACAGAAGUGGAGUCUGGGGCUAGUGGUUUCAGUGUGACUGGAGGAGGAAAUGAAGGAAUAUUUAUAAAACAAGUACUCAAGGAAUCCCCUGCUUCAAAAUUAUUCAGUAUGAGAGAAGGUGAUCAGCUUCUCAGUGCCACAAUAUUUUUUGAUAAUAUCAAAUAUGAAGAUGCACUCAAGAUUCUUCAAUAUUCUGAGCCAUAUAAAGUCCAAUUCAGCCUCAAAAGAAAGCUUGUUGAGAAAGAAGAGUUAGAACAACUUCAUUCAACAACACAGUACAAGAAAGAAAAAAUAAUUCAGGGAAAAGAACAAAGGGAAUAUAUUCCUGAAGAAACAAUGCAAAUUUCAGAAAAGACAAUCUCAGAAGAAGACCAAGAAAAGUUAAUCGUAAAACAAAGAGUGGGAAGAACAAAGCGACCCAAAAAAGAGAGAUUGUCGUGGCCAAAAUUCCAGUCAAUUAAAAAUAAAAAGAUCUUGGGGCACAGAAGAUCUCAUAGUACAUCAGAUGCAUAUGAGCACACCCUACAGGAUAUUUCCCCAACAAGCACUGAUACCGAGUCUCAAUUUCAACAAGAAAAAAUCCAAAAAAAAGGAAGCCAAAAGAAACUGAAGUUCCCUAACAUUGGAUUCAAGAUGCAUAAAACAAAAACAGACAUUGAAGACAAGCAGAGAUCAGAAAUAAAAAGUGUGAUACAUCCUGGAAAGGAUAAAAAACAGAGAGAAGAUAUCAGCAUGGAGACACCAGAAAUAUUAACCGUUGAGUACACUACUUCUCCGCUUGAAAUACAAACAGGUGAAGUACAUGGCAGCAUCAAAAAAGACAUGGAAAAUGGUUUACCGAUCCAUACAAAAAAAUGCCCUGAAGUUGAAAUUAGCAUCAGAAAACAAAAAGGCCAGAAAGCAACAUCAAAGCACAUUGAUAUACAACAAGAAGUACCUGUUAUAAAAACACAGAUAGAAAAAACAAUUUCAGAAACACCAAGCAAACAAAUACCUCAGGCUUUACCAAGAACACGAAAGAAGAAACAAAAAGGUUCUUCUGAACAAAUACAAAUUCAAAAACCAACCAAAAUAGAAGUACAACCUGAAGGAGUAGGCCUAAUACAAAGAGAGAUUAAAGACCAUACACCUCCGAGUUCAAUUCACGUAAAGGGACUAGAAAUAGGAAUAGCAAAGACAGAACAAAGCAAAACACCACAAGAAGCAGAUUCAAAAGAAAGGCUGGUGGAGGAUGAGACUCAAAUAUCAAAACAACAAAAAGCAAAGGUUGGAUUAGCAAUUCCAAAAGGGAAAGGACCAGAAAGUGAAAUCACUUUAAUAAAAUUAGAAACUGACAUUCCAAAGACAACACAGAAAACUGAAGAGGUUGGAAUAAAAAUGGAAGCAACAAAAAAUGAAGUAAAAUCAGAUAUCAUGGAACUAAUGCCGGAAGACUCAGCAUUGAAAAUGCAAAUGCCAUCCCUGAAAAUGACCCAAAAACCUGAAAUGGACCUUAAAGCCACAAAGGCAGACAUCAGCAUCCCAUCAACAGAGAUUUCAGUGAAAAAGUCACAAAUGGCAUCUAAAUUCCCACCUGAUGAAGAUAAAAUUAUACAUAUUGAAAGUGAGGUAAAAAUAAUAGAAAAAGAUACAGAAGGAAAAGAGAGCAAAUUCAAAAUGCCAAAGCUCAGAUUACCUACAUUUACUUGGUCUACUACAAAAGAUACAAGUGCAGAAGUAGCUGGUGAGGCACAACUCAAAACAGCACACAUGACUAUACCAACAGGUAGAGCAGAAGGAGACAUAACGCUGAAAGGAACUGACAUACAGGCUCCAAGUGUGGACCUCGACAUUGGGCAAGUGCAGGUCAGUGUGUCAAAGGAAGAGCCAGAACUUUCACUGCCAAAGACCCAGGCUCAAAUGAAAAUGGAAGAUUUAGCAGUAAAAGCCCCAGAGCUGGAAGCCAGCACUGAGAUAACUACAGGAAAAAUUGAGGGAAAAGGCAUGAAAAUCCAUAAGAAGAAAGUAAAGAUGCCAAAAAUGGGAUUUCCCAAACCGGAUAUAAAAGCACCAAACGUAGAUGUCACCCUACCCACCUGCAUGGUCACUAUUCCCCAAGUGGACAUGAAACAAGGACCAGUGGCCAUUGAAGUUGACAUCACUGAGCCGGAUGAAAAAGCUCCAGAUCUCGGGGAAAGCACGGACAUAAAGGGAAUACAAAGAGACUCAAAAGUAAAGCUGGAGGGUGAAGGUGAAAUCAAAGCAGGCGACAAAGAGGCCAAAGGCAAAGACAGCAAGUUCAAAAUGCCCAAAUUCGGCAUGCCUUCCUUUGGCUGGUCCAGCUCCAAAGAGGCCCGGGUGGGAGCAGCUAAUGUGCAGGUGAGCCUCACCGGGCCCCAGGUGACCUUGCCGGAAGCCAGCGUGGAAGGAGAGGUCAGCGCGCCUGCCGCUGAGAUCCAGGCUCCCGGUGUGGACCUCGACAUUGGGGUGUCUGUCAGCAAAGAGGGGGAGAAGGGGAAAAUGAAGAUGCCAACCGUGACGCUUGCCAAGGUGAAGAUGCCACACGUGCAGGUCAGCCUGCCAAAGGCCGAGGCUGAUGUUUCACUUCCUGAAACCCAAGCUGAAAUGAAAGAGGGAGACUUAGCAGUGAAGGUCCCAGCUGCAGAAGGCAGCAUCGACAUCCCUGCAGGCAAAGCCGAGGGAACGGGAAUGAAAAUCCACAUGCCAAAAGUCAAGAUGCCUAGUAUGGGAUUCUCCAAACCCGACAUCAAAGCACCCAAACUAGAUGUGGACAUCACCUUACCCAAAGUAGACGUCACCCUGCCCACAUGCGAGGUCAGCCUUCCCCAAGGGGACCUGAAGACGGGCCCCGUGGAUGGCGAUAUCAGCAUCACCGCGCUGGAUGUGAAGGCUCCUGCACUGGAAGGCAGCCUGGAUGUGAAGACGCCCCAGAUUGAUGCCGAAGCGCCAUCUGCCCAGAUUGCAUUGGGCGGUGCCGAGCUGGACACUGGAGGCCUGAAAGAGAAGAUUAAGAUGCCAAAAUUUGACAAGCCAAAGUUUGAAGUUUCCCUCCCCAAGGGGCACGUGCCAGAAGGCAAGAUCAGCCUUCCUAUGGUGGAAGGGGACCUUCCCCACGCCAAAGUGACAGCCGAGGGUGCGGUCGUGUCGCUGGAGACCUGCGAGGUCCAGGUAAAACCCAAAGUGCCAGACACCGAAGCCGACAUCUCCAGCUGGAAAGUGCAAAUGCCAUUCCAGAAAAUGCCCCAAAUGCCAAAAGCUGACAUCAAAGGCCCGAAGAUGGACGUAAGGCUGCCAUCGGUGGAUGUCAGUCUGCCAAAAGUCGAUGUGGAGGUUGGAGGGCUGGAAGUUGCUGCUGGGAAGAUGGAGGUCGAAGGUGAAAUCAAAGCAGGCGAGAAAGAGGCCAAAGGCAAAGACAGCAAGUUCAAAAUGCCCAAAUUUGGCAUGCCUUCCUUUGGGUGGUCCAGCUCCAAAGAGGCCCGGGUGGGAGCAGCCGAUGUGGAGGUGAGUCUCACCGGGCCCCAGCCUAUGGUGGAAGGGGACCUUCCCCACGCCAAAGUGACAGCCGAGGGGGCGGUUGUGUCGCUGGAGACCCCCGAGGUGCAGGUGAAAGCCAAGGUGCCAGACACUGAAGCCGACGUCUCCAGCUGGAAAGUGGAAAUGCCAUCUCUGAAAAUGCCCAAAAUGCCAAAAGCUGACAUCAAAGGCCCGAAGAUGGACGUCAGCCGGCCAUCGGUGGACGUCAGUCUGCCAAAAGUCGAUGUGGAGGUUGGAGGGCUGGAAGUUGCUGCUGGGAAGAUGGAGGUCGAAGGUGAAAUCAAAGCGGGCGAGAAAGAGGCCAAAGGCAAAGACAGCAAGUUCAAAAUGCCCAAAUUUGGCAUGCCUUCCUUUGGGUGGUCCAGCUCCAAAGAGGCCCGGGUGGGAGCAGCCGAUGUGGAGGUGAGUCUCACCGGGCCCCAGGUGACCAUACCAGCAUCCAGCGUGGAACGAGAGGUUAGCGCGCCUGCCGCUGAGAUCCAGGCUCCCAGUGUGGACCUCGACAUUGGGGUGUCUGCCAGCAAAGAGGGAGAGAAGGGGAAAAUGAGGAUGCCAAGCGUGACGCUUGCCCAGGUGAAGAUGCCACACAUGCAGGUCAGCCUGCCAAAGGCCGAGGCUGAUGUUUCACUUCCCGACACCCAAACUGAAAUGAAAGGGGGAGACCUAGCAGUGAAGGUCCCAGCUGCAGAAGGCAGCAUCGACAUCCCUGCAGGGAUAGCCGAGGGAACGGGAAUUAAAAUCCACAUGCCAAAAGUCAAGAUGCCUAGUAUGGGAUUCUCCAAACCUGACAUCAAACCAACCAAACUAGACGUGGACAUCACCUUACCCAAAAUCGACCUCACCCUGCCCACCUGUGAGUUCAGCCUUCCCCAAGGGGACCUGAAAGCGGGCCCCGUGCACAGCGAUUUCAGCAUCACCACGCCAGAUGUGAAGGCUCCUGCACUGGAAGGCAGCCUGGAUGUGAAGACGCCCCAGAUUGAUGCCGAAGCGCUAUCUGCCCAAAUUGCAGUGGGUGGAACUGAGCUGGACACUGGAGGCCUGAAAGAGAAGAUUAAGAUGCCAAAAUUUGACAAGCCAAAGUUUGAAGUUUCCCUCCCCAAGGGGCACGUGCCAGAAGGCAAGAUCAGCCUUCCUAUGGUGGAAGGGGACCUUCCCCACGCCAAAGUGACAGCCGAGGGUGCGGUCGUGUCGCUGGAGACCUGCGAGGUCCAGGUAAAACCCAAAGUGCCAGACACCGAAGCCGACAUCUCCAGCUGGAAAGUGCAAAUGCCAUUCCAGAAAAUGCCCCAAAUGCCAAAAGCUGACAUCAAAGGCCCAAAGAUGGAUGUCAGCCUGCCAUCGGUGGACGUCACUCUGCCAAACGUCGAUGUGGAGAUUGGAGGACUGGAAGUUGCUGCUGGGAAGAUGGAGGUCGAAGGUAAAAUGAAAGUCGGUAAGAAAGAGGCCAAAGGCAAAGACAGCAAGUUCAGAAUGCCUUUUGGGUGGUCCACUUCCAAAGAGGCCCAGAUUGGAGCAGCCGAUGUGGAGGUGAGCCUCACCGGGCCCCAGGUGACCUUGCCAACAGCCAGCGUGGAAGGAGAGGUCAGUGCACCUGCCGCUGAGAUCCAGGCUCCCUGUGUGGACCUCGACAUUGCCAGCAAAGAGGGAGAGAAGGGGAAAAUGAAGAUACCAAGCGUGACGCUUCCCAAGGUGAAGAUGCCACACAUGGAGGUCAGCCUCCCUAAGUCCGAGGCUGAUGUUUCACUUCCCGACACCCAAGCUGAGAUGAAAGGCGGAGACUUAGCAGUGAAGGUCCCAGCUGCAGAAGGCAGCAUCGACAUACCUGCAGGCAAAGCCGUGGGCACAGGGAUAAAAAUGCACAUGCCAAAAGUCAAGAUGCCUAGUAUGGGAUUCUCCAAACCUGACAUCAAAGCGCCCAAACUCGACAUGGAUGUCACCUUACCCAAAGUCGACGUCACCCUGCCCAAAUGCGAGGUCAGCGUUCCCCAAGCAGACCUGAAGGCGGGACCUGUGGACGGUGAUAUGAGCAUCACUGCACCGGAAGUGAAGGCUAAAUUUGACAAGCCAAAGUUUGGAGUUUCCCUUCCCAAAGAGCCUGUGCCAGAAGGCAAGUUCAGCCUGCCUAUGGUGGAAGAGGACCUUCCCCAUUCCAAAGUGACAGCUGAGGGGGCGGUCGUGUCACUGGAGACCCCCAAGGUCCAGGUGAAAGCCGAGGUGCCAGACACCGAAGCCGACAUCUCCAGCUGGAAAGUGCAAAUGCCAUCCCUUAAAAUGCCCAAAAUGCCAAAAGCUGAACUCAAAGGCCCAAAGAUGGACGUCAGCCUGCCAUCGGUGGACGUCAGUCUGCCAAAGGUCGAUGGGGUUGGAGGGCUUGAAGUUGCUGAUGGGAAGAUGGACGUCGAAGGUAAAAUCAAAGGGGGUGAAAAAGAGGCCAAAGGCAAAGACAGCAAGUUCAAAAUGCCCAAAUUCGGCAUGCCUUCCUUUGGGUGGUCCACUUCCAAAGAGGCCCAGAUGGGAGCAGCCGAUGUGGAGGUGAGCCUCACCGGGCCCCAGGUGACCUUGCCGACAGCCAGCGUGGAAGAAGAGGCCAGCACGCCUCCCACUGAUAUCCAGGCUCCCGGUUUGGACCUCGAGAUUGGGGUGUCUGCCAGCAAAGAGGGGGAGAAGGGGAAAAUGAAGAUGCCAAGCAUGCCGGUUCCCAAGGUGAAGAUGCCACACAUGCAGGUCAGCCUGCCGAAGGCCGAGGCUGAUCCAAAAGUCAAGAUGCCUAGUAUGGGAUUCUCCAAACCUGACAUCAAAGAGCCCAAACUCGAUGUGGAUGUCACCUUACCCAAAGUCGACGUCACCCUGCCCACCUGUGAGGUCAGCCUUCCCCAAGAGGACCUGAAGGCGGGCCCUGUGGUCGGCGACAUCAGCAUCACCAUGCCAGAUGUGAAGGCUCCUACACUGGAAGGCAGCCUGGAUGUGAAGAUGCCCAAGAUCGAUGCGGAAGCUCCAUCGACCCAGAUUGCAGUGGGCAGUGCCGCGCUGGACACCGGCAGCUUGAAAGGGAAGAUUAAGAAGCCAAAAUUUGACAAACCAAAGUUUGGAGUUUCCCUCCCCAAAGAGCAUAUGCCAGAAGGCAAGAUCAGCCUGCCUAUGGUGGAAGGGGAGCUUCCCCAGGCCAAAGUGACAGCCGAGGGGGCGGUCGUGUCGCUGGAGACCCCGAAGGUCCAGGUGAAAGCUGAGGUGCCAGACACCAAAGCCGACGUCUCCAGCUGGAAAGUGGAAAUGCCCUCCCUUAAAAUGCCCAAAAUGCCAAAAGCUGACCUCAAAGACCCGAAGAUGGACAUCAGCGUGCCAUCGGUGGAUGUCAGUCUGCCAAAAGUCGAUGUGGAGGUUGGAGGGCUGGAAGUUGCUCCUGGGAAGAUGGAGGUUGAAGGUGAAAUCAAAUCAGGCGAGAAAGAGGCCAAAGGCAAAGACAGCAAGUUCAAAAUGCCCAAAUUCGGCAUGCCUUCCUUUGUCUGGUCCAGCUCCAAAGAGGCCCGGGUGGGAGCAGCCGAUGUGGAGGUGAGCCUCACCGGGCCCCAGGUGACCUUGCCGACAGCCAGCGUGGAAGAAGAGGCCAGUUCGCCUCCUGCUGAUAUGCAGGCUCCCGGUGUGGACCUCGAGAUUGGGGUGUCUGCCAGCAAAGAGGUGGAUAAGGGGAAAAUGAAGAUGCCAACCAUGACGCUUCCCAAGGUGAAGAUGCCACACAUGGAGGUUAGCCUCCCUAAUUCCGAGGCUGAUGUUACACUUCCCGACACCCAAGCUGAGAUGAAAGGCGAAGACUUAGCAGUGAAGAUCCCAACUGCAGAAGGCAGGAUCGACAUGCCUGCAGGCAAAGCCGAGGGCACAGGGAUAAAAAUGCACAUGCCAAAGGUCAAGAUGCCUAGUAUGGGAUUCUCCAAACUUGACAUCAAAGCGCCCAAACUAGAUGUGGACAUCACCUUACCCAAAGUAGACGUCACCCUGCCCACAUGCGAGGUCAGCCUUCCCCAAGGGGACCUGAAGACGGGCCCCGUGGAUGGCGAUAUCAGCAUCACCGCGCUGGAUGUGAAGGCUCCUGCACUGGAAGGCAGCCUGGAUGUGAAGAUGCCCCAGAUUAAUGCCGAAGCGCCAUCUGCCCAGAUUGCAUUGGGCGGGAAGAUUAAGAUGCCAAAAUUUGACAAGCCAAAGUUUGGAGUUUCCCUCCCCAAAGGGCACGUGCCAGAAGGCAAGAUCAGCCUGCCGAUGGUGGAAGGGGAGCUUCCUCAGGCUAAAGUGACAGCCGAGGGGGCGGUCGUGUCGCUGGAGACCCCUGCAGUCCAGGUGAAAGCCGAAGUGCCAGACACUGAAGCCAACAUCUCCAGUUGGAAAGUGGAAAUGCCAUCUCUGAAAAUGCCCCAAAUGCCAAAAGCUGACAUCAAAGGCCCGAAGAUGGACAUCAGCCAGCCAUUGGUGGACGUCAGUCUGCCAAAAGUCGAUGUGGAGGAGGCCGGGGGGGGCCCAGCCGAUGUGGAGGUCAGCGUCACCGGGCCCCCGGUGACCUUGCCGGCAGCCAGCAUGGAAGGAGAGGUCAGCGCGCCUGCCACUGAUAUGCAGGCUCCCAGUGUGGACCUCGACAUUGGGGUGUCUGCCAGCAAAGAGGGGGAGAAGGGGAAAAUGAAGAUGCAAAGCGUGACACUUGCCAAGGUGAAGAUGCCACACAUGCAGGACAGCCUGCCGAAGGGCGAGGCUGAUGUUUCAAUUCCCGACAUCCAAGCUGAAACGCCUAGUAUGGGAUUUUCCAAACCCGACAUCAAAGUGCCAAAACUCGACGUGGAUGUCACCUUACCCAAAGUCGACGUCACCCUGCCCAAAUGCGAGGUCAGCCUUCCCCAAGCAGACCUGAAGGCGGGCCCUGUGGACGGUGAUAUGAGCAUCACUGCACCGGAUGUGAAGGCUCCUGCACAGGAAGGCAGCCUGGAUGUGAAGACGCCCCAGAUUGAUGCCAAAGCGCCAUCUGCCCAAAUUGCAUUGGGUGGUGCCGAGCUGGACACCGGGGGCCUGAAAGGGAAGAUUAAGAUGCCAAAAUUUGACAAGCCAAAGUUUGGAGUUUCCCUCCCCAAAGGGCCUGUGCCAGCAGGCAAGAUCAGCCUGCCUAUGGUGGAAGGGGACCUUCCCCAGGCCAAAAUGACAGCCGAGGGGGCGGUCGUGUCGCUGGAGACCCCCGCGGUCCAGGUGAAAGCUGAGGUUCCAGACACCGAAGCCAACGUCUCCAGCUGUAAAGUGCAAAUGCCAUCCCUGAAAAUGCCCCAAAUGCCAAAAGCUGACAUCAAAGGCCUGAAGAUGGACGUCAGCCUGCCCUCGGUGGACAUCAGUCUGCCAAAAUUCGAUGUGGAGGUUGGAGGGCUGGAAGUUGGUGCUGGGAAGAUGGAGGUUGAAAGUGAAAUCAAAGCGGGCGAGAAACAGGCCAGAGGCAAAGACAGCAAGUUGAAAAUGCCCAAAUUCGGCAUGCCUUCCAUUGGGUGGUCCACUUCCAAAGAGGCCCGAGUGGGAGCAGCCGAUGUGGAGGUGAGCCUCACCGGGCCCCAGGUGACCUUGCCUUCAGCCAGCGUGGAAGGAGAGGUCAGCGCGCCUGCUGCUGAGAUCCAGGCUCCUGGUGUGGACCUUGAAAUUGCCAGCAAAGAGGGGGAGAAGGGGAAAAUGAGGAUGCCAAGCGUGACGCUUCCCAAGGUGAAGAUGCCACACGUGCAGGUCAGCCUGCCGAAGGCCAAGGCUGAUGUUACAAUUCCCAACACCCAAGCUGAAAUGAAAGGCGGAGACAUAGCAGUGAAGGUCCCAGCUGCAGAAGGCAGCAUCGACAUGCCUGCAGGCAAAGCCGAGGGCACGGGAAUGAAAAUGCACAUGCCAAAAGUCAAGAUGCCUAGUAUGGGAUUCUCCAAACCCGACGUCAAAGCGUCCAAACUCGAUGUGGAUGUCACCCUGCCCACCUGUGAGGUCAGCCUUCUCCAAGCGGACCUGAAGGCAACCCCUGUAUUCAGCGACAUAAGCAUCACCACGCCAGGUGUGAAGUCUCCUGCACUGGAAGGCAGCCUGGAUAUGAAGACGCCCCAGAUUGAUGCCGAAGCGCCAUCUGCCCAGAUUGCAGUGGGCGGUGUCGACCUGGACACCGGGGGCCUAAAAGGCAAGAUUAAGAUGCCAAAAUUUGACAAGCCAAAGUUUGGAGUUUCUCUCCCCAAAGGGCACGUGGAUGAAGGCAAGAUCAGCCUGCCGAUGGUGGAAGGGGACCUUCCCCAGGCCAAAGUGACAGCCGAGGUCGCGGUCGUGUCGCUGGAGACCCGCGAGGUGCAGGUGAAAGCCGAGGUGCCAGACACCAAAGCCGACGUCUCCAGCUGGAAAGUGCAAAUGCCAUCCCUGAAAAUGCCCAAAAUGCCAAAAGCUGACCUUAAAGACCCGAAGAUGGACGUUAGCCUGCCAUCUGUGGAUGUCAGUCUGCCAAAAGUCGAUGUGGAGGUUGGAGGGCUGGAAGUUGCUGCUGGGAAGAUAGAGGUCGAAGGUGAAAUCAAAGCAGGCGAGAAAGAGGCCAAAGGCAAAGACAGCAAGUUCAAUAUUCCCAAAUUUGGCAUGCCUUCUUUUGGUUUGUCCAGCACCAAAGAGGCCCGGGUGGGAGCAGCUGAUGUGGAGGUGAGCCUCACCGGGCCCCAGGUGACCUUGCCAGCAACCAGCGUGGAAGGAGGGGUUAUCGUGCCUGCUGCUGAGAUCCAGGCUCCCUGUGUGGACCUCGAGAUUGGGGUGUCUGCCAGCAAAGAGGGGGAGAAGGGGAAAAUGAAGGUGCCAAGCGUGAUGCUUCCCAAGGUGAAGAUGCCACACAUGCAGGUCAGCCUGCCGAAGGCCGAGGCUGAUGUUUCACUUCCCGACACCCAAGCUGAGAUGAAAGGCGGAGACUUAGCAGUGAAGGUCCCAGCUCCAGAGAGCAGCAUCGACAUGCCUGCAGGCAAAGCCGAGGGAACGGGGAUGAAAAUGCACAUGCCAAAAGUCAAGAUGCCUAGUAUGGGAUUCUCCAAGCCCGACAUCAAAGCUCCCAAACUCGACGUGGAUGUCACCUUACCCAAAGUCGACGUCACCCUGCCCACCUGCGAGGUCAGCCUUCCCCAAGCGGACCUGAAGCCAGGCCCUGUGGUCGCCGACAUCAGCAUCACCACACGAGAUGUGAAGGCUCCUGCACUGGAAGUCAGUCUGGAUGUUAAGACGCCCAGGAUUGAUGCCGAAGCACCAUCUGCCCAGAUGGCAGUGGGUGGUGCCAAGCUGGACACCGACGGCUUGAAAGGGAAGAUUAAGAAGCCAAAAUUUGACAAGCCAAAGUUUGGAGCUUCCCUCCCCAAAGAGCACAUGCCAGAAGGCAAGAUCAGCCUGCCUAUGGUGGAAGGGGAGCUUCCCCAGGCCAAAGUGCCAGCUGAGGGGGUGGUCGUGUCACUGGAGACCCCGAAGGUCCAGGUGAAAGCCAAAGUGCCAAAAACCGAAGCCGACGUCUCCAGCUGGAAUGUGGAAAUGCCAUCCCUGAAAAUGCCCAAAAUGCCAAAAGCUGACCUCAAAGACCCGAAGAUGGAUGUCAGCCUGCCAUCGGUGGAUGUCAGUCUGCCAAAACCCGAUGUGGAGGUUGGAGGGCUGGAAGUUGCUGCUGGGAAGAUGGAGGUCGAAGGUGAAAUCAAAGCAGGCGAGAAAGAGGCCAAAGGCAAAGACAGCAAGUUCAAUAUUCCCAAAUUUGGCAUGCCUUCUUUUGGUUUGUCCAGCACCAAAGAGGCCCGGGUGGGAGCAGCUGAUGUGGAGGUGAGCCUCACCGGGCCCCAGGUGACCUUGCCGGCAGCCAGCGUGGAAGGAGAGGUUAUCGUGCCUGCUGCUGAGAUCCAGGCUCCCGGUGUGGAUUUCGACAUUGGGGUGUCUGCCAGCAAAGAGGGGGAGAAGGGGAAAAUAAAGAUGCCAAGCGUGACGCUUCCCAAGGUGAAGAUGCCACACAUGCAGGUCAGCCUGCCGAAGACCGAGGCUGAUGUUUCACUUCCCGACACCCAAGUUGAAAUGAGAGGGAGAGACUUAGCAGUGAAGGUCCCAGCUGCAGAAGGCAGGAUCGACAUGCCUGUAGGCAAAGCCGAGGGAACGGGAAUGAAAAUCCACAUGCCAAAAGUCAAGAUGCCUAGCAUGGGAUUCUCCAAACCUGACAUCAAAGCACCCAAACGCGACGUCCAAAUGCCAAAAGCUGACAUCAAAGGCCCGAAGAUGGACGUAAGGCUGCCAUCGGUGGAUGUCAGUCUGCCAAAAGUCGAUGUAGAGGUUGGAGGGCUGGAAGUUGCUGCUGGGAAGAUGGAGGUCGAAGGUGAAAUCAAAACAGGCGAGAAAGAGGCCAAAGGCAAAGACAGCAAGUUCAAAAUGCCCAAAUUCAGCAUGCCUUCCUUUGGCUCCUCCAGCUCCAAAGAGGCCCGGGUGGGAGCAGUCAGCGCGCCUGCCGCUGAGAUCCAGGCUCCCGGUUUGGACCUCGACAUUGCCAGCAAAGAGGAGGAGAAGGGGAAAAUGAAGAUGCCAAGCAUGACGCUUCCCAAGGUAAAGAUGCCACAUGUGCAGAUCAGCCUGCCGAAGGCCGAGGCUGAUGUUUCAAUUCUCGACACCCAAGCUGAAAUGAAAGGCAGAGACAUAGCAGUGAAGGUCCCAGCUGCAGAAGGCAGCAUCGACAUGCCUGCUUGCAAAGCCGAGGGCACGGGGAUGAAAAUCCACAUGCCAAAAGUCAAGAUGCCUAGUAUGGGAUUCUCCAAACCCGACAUCAAAGCUCCCAAACUCGACGUGGACGUCACCUUCCCCAAAGUCGACGUCACCCUGCCCACCUGCGAGGUCAGACUUCCCCAAGCGGACCUGAAGGCAGGCCCUGUGGUCAGCGACAUCAGCAUCACCACGCCAGAUGUGAAGGAUCCUGCACUGGAAGGCAGCCUGGAUGUGAAGAUGCCCCAGAUUGAUGCCGAAGCGCCAUCUGCCCAGAUUGCAGUGGGCGGUGCCGCACUGGACACCGGGAGCUUGAAAGGGAAGAUUAAGAAGCCAAAAUUUGACAAACCAAAGUUUGGAGUUUCCCUCCCCAAAGAGCACAUGCCAGAAGGCAAGAUCAGCCUGCCUAUGGUGGAAAGGGAUCUUCCCCAGGCCAAAGUGACAGCCGAGGGGGCGGUCGUGUCACUGGAGACCCCGAAGGUCCAGGUGAAAGCCAAAGUGCCAGACACCGAAGCCGACGUCUCCAGCUGGAAAGUGGAAAUGCCAUCCCUGAAAAUGCCGAAAAUGCCAAAAGCUGACCUCAAAGACCCAAAGCUGGACGUUAGCCUGCCAUCUGUGGAUGUCAGUCUGCCAAAAGUCGAUGUGGAGGUUGGAGGGCUGGAAGUUGCUGCUGGGAAGAUGGAGGUCAAAGGUGAAAUCAAAGCAGGCGAGAAAGAGGCCAAAGUUAAAGACAGCAAGUUCAAAAUGCCCAAAUUCGGCAUGCCUUCCUUUGGGUGGUCCACUUCCAAAGAGGCCCAGAUGGGAGCAGCCGAUGUGGAGGUGAGCCUCACUGGGCCACAGGUGACCUUGCCGGCAGCCAGCAUGGAAGGAGAGGUCAGCGCGCCUGCCGCUGAGAUCCAGGCUCCCGGUUUGGACCUCGACAUUGCCAGCAAAGAGGAGGAGAAGGGGAAAAUGAAGAUGCCAAGCAUGACGCUUCCCAAGGUAAAGAUGCCACAUGUGCAGAUCAGCCUGCCGAAGGCCGAGGCUGAUGUUUCAAUUCUCGACACCCAAGCUGAAAUGAAAGGCAGAGACAUAGCAGUGAAGGUCCCAGCUGCAGAAGGCAGCAUCGACAUGCCUGCUUGCAAAGCCGAGGGCACGGGGAUGAAAAUCCACAUGCCAAAAGUCAAGAUGCCUAGUAUGGGAUUCUCCAAACCCGACAUCAAAGCGCCCAAACUCGACAUGGACGUCACCUUCCCCAAAGUCGAUGUCACCCUGCCCACCUGCGAGGUGAGCCUUCCCCAAGCGGACCUGAAGGCAGGUCCUGUGGUCGGCGACAUCAGCAUCACCACAGCGGUUGUGAAAGCUCCUGCACUGGAAGGCAGCCUGGAUGUGAAGACGCCCCAGAUUGAUGCCGAAGCGCCAUCUGCCCAGAUUGCAUUGGGCGGUGCCGAGCUGGACACCGGUGGCUUGAAAGGGAAAAUUAAGAAGCCAAAAUUUGACAAGCCAAAGUUUGGAGUUUCCCUCCCCAAAGAGCACCUGCUAGAAGGCAAGAUCAGCCUGCCUAUGGUGGAAAGGGAUCUUCCCCAGGCCAAAGUGACAGCUGAGGGGGCGGUCGUGUCGCUGGAGACUCCCGAGGUCCAGGUGAAAGCUGAGGUGCCAGACACCAAAGCCGACGUCUCCAGCUGGAAAGUGCAAAUGCCAUCCCUGAAAAUGCCCAAAAUGCCAAAAGCUGACCUCAAAGACCCAAAGCUGGACGUUAGCCUGCCAUCUGUGGAUGUCAGUCUGCCAAAAGUCGAUGUGGAGGUUGGAGGGCUGGAAGUUGCUGCUGGGAAGAUGGAGGUCAAAGGUGAAAUCAAAGCAGGCGAGAAAGAGGCCAAAGUUAAAGACAGCAAGUUCAAAAUGCCCAAAUUCGGCAUGCCUUCCUUUGGGUGGUCCAGCUCCAAGGAGGCCUGGGUGGGAGCAGCCGAUGUGGAGGUGAGCCUCACCGGGUCCCAGGUGACCUUGCCAGUAGCCAGCGUGGAAGGAGAGGUCAGCGCACCUGCCGCUGAGAUCCAGGCUCCCGGUGUGGACCGCGACAUUGGGGUGUCUGCCAGCAAAGAGGGGGAGAAGGGGAAAAUGAAGAUGCCAAGCAUGUCGCUUCCCAAGGUGAAGAUGCCACACAUGAAGGUCAGCCUGCCAAAGGCUGAGGUUGAUGUUUCACUUCCCGACACCCAAGCUGAAAUGAAAGGGGGAGACUUAGCAGUGAAGGUCCCAGCUGCUGAAGGCAGCAUCGACAUGCCUCCAGGCAAAGCCGAGGGCACGGGAAUGAAAAUGCACAUGCCAAAAGUCAAGAUGUCUAGUAUGGGAUUCUCCAAACCCGACAUCAAAGCACCCAAACUCGACUUGGACGUCACCUUACCCAAACUCGAUGUCACCCUGCCCAGCUGCGAGGUCAGCCUUCCCCAAGCGGACCUGAAGGCGGGCCCCGUGCACGGCGAUAUCAGUAUCACCACGCCAGAUAUGAAGGCUCCUGCACCGGAAGGCAGCCUGGAUGUGAAGACACCCCAGUUUGAUGCCGAAGCGCCAUCUACCCAGAUUGCAUUGGGCGGUGCCGAGCUGGACACCGGGGGCCUGAAAGGGAAGAUAAAGAAGCCAAAAUUUGACAAGCCAAAGUUUGGAGUUUCCCUUCCCAAAGAGCCUGUGCCAGAAGGCAAGUUCAGCCUGCCUAUGGUGGAAGAGGACCUUCCCCAUUCCAAAGUGACAGCUGAGGGGGCGGUCGUGUCACUGGAGACCCCCAAGGUCCAGGUGAAAGCCGAGGUGCCAGACACCGAAGCCGACAUCUCCAGCUGGAAAGUGCAAAUGCCAUCCCUGAAAAUGCCCAAAAUUCCAAAAGCUGACCUCAAAGGCCCAAAGAUGGAUGUCAACCUGCCAAAGGUUGAGGUGGAGGUUGGAGUGUUGGAAGUUGUUGCUGGGAAGAUGGAGGUCAAAGGUGAAAUCAAAGCAGGCAAGAAGGAGGCCAAAGGCAAAGACAGCAAGUUCAAAAUGCCCAAAUUCGGCAUGCCUUCCUUUGGGUGGUCCACUUCCAAAGAGGCCCAGAUUGGAGCAGCCGAUGUGGAGGUGAGCCUCACCGGGCCCCAGGUGACCUUGCCGGCAGCCUGCGCCGCUGAGAUCCAGGCUGCCGGUGUGGAGCUCGAGAUUGGGGUGUCUGCCAGCAAAGAGGGGGAGAAGGGGAAAAUGAAGAUGCCAACCAUGACGCUUCCCAAGGUCGAGAUGCCACACGUGCAGGUCAGCCUGCCAAAGGCCGAGGCUGAUGUUUCACUUCCUGACACCCAAGCUGAAAUGAAAGGCGGAGACAUAGCAGUGAAGGUUCCAGCUGCGGAAGGCAGCAUCGACAUGCCUGCAGGGAAAGCCGAGGGCAAGGGAAUGAAAAUCCACAUGCCAAAAGUAAAGAUGCCUAGUAUGGGAUUCUCCAAACCCGACAUCAAAGCACCCAAACUCGACGUGGACGUCACCUUCCCCAAAGUCGACGUCACCCUGCCCACCUGUGAGGUCAGCCUUCCCCAAGCGGACCUGAAGGCUGACCCCUUGGAUGGCGAUAUCAGCAUCACCACGCGAGAUAUGAAGGUUCCUGCACUGGAAGUCAGCCUGGAUGUGAAGAUGCCCCAUACUGAUGCCGAAGCACCAUCUGCCCAGAUUGCAUUGGGCGGUGCCGAGCUGGACACCGGGGGCCUGAAAGGGAAGAUUAAGAAGCCUAAAUUUGACAAGCCAAAGUUUGGAGUUUCCCUCCCCAAAGGGCCUGUGCCAGAAGGCAAGAUCAGCCUGCCUAUGGUGGAAGGGGACCUUCCCCACGCCAAAGUGACAGCCGAGGGGGCGGUUGUGUCGCUGGAGACCCCCGAGGUGCAGGUGAAAGCCAAGGUGGCCAGACACCGAAGCCGACAUCUCCAGCUGGAAAGUCAAAUGCCAUUCCAGAAAAUGCCCCAAAUGCCAAAAGCUGACAUCAAAGGCCCAAAGAUGGAUGUCAGCCUGCCAUCGGUGGACGUCACUCUGCCAAACGUCGAUGUGGAGAUUGGAGGACUGGAAGUUGCUGCUGGGAAGAUGGAGGUCGAAGGUAAAAUGAAAGUCGGUAAGAAAGAGGCCAAAGGCAAAGACAGCAAGUUCAGAAUGCCUAAAUUCGGCAUGCCUUCCUUUGGGUGGUCCAGCUCCAAAGAGGCCCGGGUGGGAGCAGCCGAUGUGGAGGUGAGCCUCACCGGGCCCCAGGUGACCUUGCCGGCAGGCACCAUGGAAGGAGAGGUCAGCACGCCUGCCGCUGAGAUCCAGGCUCCUGGUGUGGACCUCGAGAUUGGGGUGUCUGCCAGCAAAGAGGGGGAGAAGGGGAAAAUGAAGAUGCCUCAUUUUAGAAUGCCUAAGGUGUCACUUUCAAAAAUUUCCAAAAUGCCAGGGAGUCAUCCCAAAUUAGAAGAAGAGAUUUCUGAAUCUAAAGUGGAUCCAGAUAUAAUUGUGGAAGGAGAGCCAAUCCUGAUUUUAAGCGCAGGAAGCAGUGCCGAUGUUCCUGAUGUGAAAGGAGAUCUUGGCGGUGUUAAUAUUAAUUUACCUAAAUUUAGGAUUCCUAGUUUGGGCUUUUCUAAGCUUGAUAUUAGUUCCCUAAAGUCGGACCAGGAAUCCAGUUUACCAAGUGUUGAUGUUAUGCUUACUAAAUAUCAAAUGAGUGUUGAAGUCCCUGAGAUCAAAUCUGACACUGCCAUUAGUGACGUAACCCUUUCUCAGGGUGAAACUCAAGUUGCAGCAACACAAAGUUCUGCUGAGCUGAAGAAUGCAGAAGUGGAUGCUGAUAUUUCUGUGGAUGAUACAGAUGUUAAUGUUGAUGGUUUGGAAGGGAAGGUUAAAAAACCCAAGUUUCAUAAACCUAAAAUUGGUUUUUCUCUGGGUCAGGGUAAAGUCGGGAAGACAGAUCUCAACUUAACUGAAACAGAGACCGAGACUCCUGUAGCAAAGUUGGCAGCUGAUGUCACCAGCAUAUCAAUUGAUACUCCAUCUUUUGAUAUUAAAUCUAAAGUAUCUAGUUCAGAAAUUGAAGUGUCAGACUUAAUAUUGCCAAUGCCAAUGCUCAAAAUGCCUCAUAAGCCUAAAGCUGAAGGGAAAGCACCAAGUGCGGACAUCAGUCUCCCAUUAGAUGAUGUUAAAAUGUCAAAGGCAGAGAUGGACAUUCAUGGACCAGAUUUGGAAAGUAAAGCAGUAAAGGGAGAGAGUGAAGUUAAAUUAGAAGAAAAAGACCCUGAAGGCAAGGAAAGCAAGUUCAAAAUGCCCAAAUUUAAACUGCCCUCUUUCAGUUGGUCACCAAAGAAAGAAGCCAUUGUUCAAUCUGAUAUUGAAGGAACCCUGGAGGGGCGUAUCUUGACCUCACCAUCCGGAGAAACAGAAUCUGAAAUAAUACAAACUGCCCCUGAGAGUCAGGGACUAAGUGUGGAACUGGAUAGUGAGGUAUCUUUAGGAAAGGAUGGUGAAAAGGGCAAAAUGAAAAAGCCUCAGUUUAUCAUGCCAAAGAUCUCACUUCCUAAGAUGAAGGGUCACAAAGUCAAAAUAGACACUGAUACUAGUGGCUCAACACUAGAAACAGAAGGAGAUGGUUUGCUACAGAUGUCAGGGAAAGGAAGCAGUGGAGAUAAAGCCGGAGUAGGCAUAAAAAUGCCAAAAGUUAAGAUCCCUACUUUGGAAUUUUCCAAACCAGAAAUCAAAGCCACCAGACAGGACCUGGACAUCAGCUCCCCUAAAACUGAUGUUGCAGUUCCUACUUGUGAUGUAAGCCUUCAAGAAGCUGACCUGAAAUUGAGGUCUACGGAUGAUGGUAUCGGCCUGUCAGCCUCCGAUAUCAAAAUUCCAACAGCAAAAGGCUCCAUACAGUUGAAGUGUCCAGAAACAGGAUUUGAAGGACCAUCAGCUGGUAUUGGUGAGGGUGGAGUAGAAAUAAAAGUUGAAGACCUUGAAGGGAAGACCAAAAUGACCAAAUUGCAAAAGCCAAAGUUUGGCAUUUCACAUUCUAAAGGGAAAGUGAUGGAGGCUGAAUCGGGAACUGAGGUUCCUCACCUGAAAGUGAUGACUGAUAUUACUGAAAUUGCUAUGGAAGCACCAACUUUAGAAGUUAAGUCUAUCAUCCCUGGUGCAGAAACAGAAGCUGCAAGCUAUAAAAUAAAAAUGCACCAAAUGUCUGAAACUGAGUUUAAAGCAGCAAAGGUUGACGUUAGGCUUCCAUCAGUUGAUGUUUCUAUUCCCAAGGCCGAGAUUCAAGAUUCUGAUAUGGCAGUAAAGCCUGAAGGAGAAAUCAAACCUGGAGAUGCAGAUGGAGAUGAGAAAGAAGGGCAUUUCAAAUUGCCAAAAUUUAAACUACCAUCAUUUAGUUGGUCACCAAAGAAGGAAGCAACUGUUAAAGCUGAUUCAGAAGUAACAUUGGAAGAACAUGAAAUUACUGUAGCUCCAGGCAAAAUAGACCCCAAGCUAACAGUAAUUCCAGCUGAGGAUCAGGGUUCUAGUGUAGAUCCUGAUAUUAAAGUAUCAACUGGAAAAGAAGAACAAAAAAGUCAAAUGAAAAAGCCUCAGUUUGCCAUGCCUAAAAUAUCACUCUCUAAAAUAAAGGUUCCUAAAUCUCAGGUUAAUCUGCCAAAAGGGGAAGCUGAUAGAGAUGACUCAGUACAGAUACCCGAUAUAGAAAGCAGUUGUAGCGAAAUCAUGGACGAGGGGACACAAAUAAGCAUAAAACCAUCAAAAGUGAAAAUCCCUACUUUAGAAUUUUCAAAACCAGAGAUCAAACCCCCGAAAGUAGACAUAGAUGUUAGCUUAUCAAAGGCUGACACCACUCUUCCUGCACUUGAUGCGGGCGUCUAUCAAGCUGACCUGAUAUUAGGGUCUGGCAGUGAAGAUAUCAAUCUGAAAACAGAUAUUAAGCUUCCCGAAAAAGAAGCAUCCAUUAAGCUGAAGAGUCCAGAAUCUGAUGUUGAAGGACCGUCAGCUGUGGAUGGAGCAGAGGCGAAAGUUGAAGAUCUUGAAGGGAAAAUUAAAAUGCCUGGAUUCCAGAAGCCGAAGUUUGGAAUCUCCCUUACAAAAGGGAAAGGGCCUGAGACGGAGAUCAGUUUACCCAAAAUGGAAGCUGAGGUUCCUCAGCUUAAAUUGACAACAGAUAUUACUGAUCUUGCAAUGGACACUUCAGUACCAAAAGUUAAAUCUGAUGUUUCUGGUGAAGGACUAGAGGCUUCAGCUGAAAAAAUCAAAACGGGUCCAUUGCCUGCAGCUGACAUUAAGGCUCCAAAGGUGGACAUUAGUCUCCCAUCAGUUUCUGACUCAACGGCAGAGGUGGCAAUUCUAAGCCCCGAGGGGAAAGAUAUAAAAAUGGAAGGAGAACAUGAAACAAAGUCUGGAGAAAUUCAGACUGGAGAACAUCAGGGCUGGUUUAAAAUGCCCAAAUUCAGAAUGCCAACAUUUGGUCGUUCGUCUUCAAAGGAAAAAAAAAGUGACAUUGACUUUGAAGGAAGUCUGGAAAAGGCUCAAAUAAGUGUUCCUUCUGUGGAAAUACAAGGUGAAAUAAGUGCUCCUGAAAAUGCAAACUUGUUGCCACAGGUAGAUGCUGAAUCUGCUGCUGGAAAAGCUGUUUUGGAAAGCACAAUGAAAUCUGUUCAAGAAGAGAUUCCAAAAUUGGGAGUUUCAGUACCCCAAAUAAAGAGUUCUGAUGUCAGUUUGUCAAAGUUUGAAGCAGAUGUUUCACUAACUGCAGAAGAAUCAGGCAUUGACGUGAGUUUUCCAAAAACUGAAACUUAUGCUGAUGUAGUUAAGCGCAGUGCUGACGGACAAAAAUUACAAGUUCACAUGCCAAAAACUGCAGGUCCUCAGGUAGAACUCACAGCAUCAGAAAUUAGUGCUUCGAAAACCAUUACGCUUCCCAGAUACGAUCUGACCCUUCAAGAACACAAAGCCAAAUCAGAGUGUGUAGAGGUCCCGUCAGCAGAAUGUCCCAUUGAAGUGAAGAGUCCAGACACAGGAGUCAGAGCAGCACCCGGUGAAAUUACCGUGGAUGGAACACACGGGAAAUCAGACUUCGCUUUUCCAAAGGCAGAACUGGACAUUCAAGGCCUAACUACGUCAGUUAAAACUGAAAAGGGAAAGGGUGAGAUAAAAUCUGCAGGAAAGGACAUCCAAGGAAAAGAAAGUAAAUUCAAAAUCCCCAAAUUCAGUGUACCUUCACUUGGGUGGUCUGCAACAAAGGAAACAGGAGAUGUUUCACUGCCUGAAACUGAAAUAGGUAUAGCAGAAAUCCAGCUUCAAAAAGAGGAAGGAUCCAUUGAUCUGAAAGGUCCAAAGACAGAACUUAAGGAACCAUCAACCAGAAUGUCAGUGGACAGUACAGACCAACAACGUGAGCCAGAGAUCAAUGUUAAAAUUCCCAAAUUGAGAAUACCAAGUUUCACUUACAGUGCACUCCCUCCUGAAGUUGAUGUUUCAACAUCCAAAAUGACAAUAGAUGCCAAAGGAACUGCUGUUGGCACUGAAGCACAAAUACUAGAAGUGGGAAGUGCAGUCCCUCCAGAAAUACUAGAGGCUGUAGGUGGGACUAUACAAAGGUCAACAGCCAGCUUUCCACCAUCAACUGAGCUUGAUAUUAAAACAACACAGGUAGAAAUUAUGUUGCCUGCCGCAGAGUUUUGUAUUCCAAAAGCAGCACUAGACAGUCCAAGGUCGCAUGUAGAGAGCAAACAAAUAAAGACUGAAGGUAAUGUUGAAUCUGGACGUAUUGACAUUGAAAAACAUGAAACUUACUCCACUCAGAUAGUGAAAGAAUCUGAGAUUCUUCCAUCAGAAAUUAAAACUGCUACUUUUGGCUUUUCACUUCUCAAAGCAAAGAUUCCUGAAUCGCAGAUUAACUUGGAUAUACCGGUCAAACAGCAGUCAUAUACAGAAUAUAAAAGUGCUGAGUUUGAGAGUGAAGUUCACCAAGUUAAACACUCUGAUGACAGUUCAGGAACAGCAAUGGAAAGGACUGAUACUGCUGAGCAUGAAUUACUUGAUAAGCCACGGUGCGAGACUGAAGUAUCUGGUAUGGCAGUGUCUGCCAACGUUAGUUUGCCAGAACUGAAAAGCUUCGCGGUUGAACUACAGCCUUCCAGCAAAUUGGAAGAAGGUCCUCUUGAUAAGCAACCAGAAGAAGUAACUGUAUCUCCUCUUUCUAAAGACAGUGAAGUAGCUGAAGUACCAGAAGAUGAAAAAAAAGAUAUGAAGGAUCAAAAAGAAAAACCUGAUAGUAAAAGAUCUCCUGGAAGAUUCAAGUUUUGGCUUCCAAGCAUUGGAUUUUCUUCCUCUGUUGAUGACACAAGCUUGGAUUCCAAAACCGAAGUAAAAAAACCAGAAGAAACACAACCUGCUGAUACAUCAACAUCAGAUACUGACUCUUCGAAGCAGACUGAAAAAACCGGAUGGUUUAGAUUCCCCAAACUAGGUUUUACAUCUCCAUCAAAAAAGGCCAAGGUGGUUGACAAGGAAGAGACAAAUCUAAAAGAAAGGAAAAGUUCAGAUGAAGAAAGCCCCUCAGAGACUCAUGAUACAUUUUUUGAUGCAAAAGAAAGCUUAUCGCCUAAAGAAGCAACAACAAAAAGUGAAGACAACGAAACAGGGACCUCAUCAGAUGUUCAAGUUUCUGGUGCUAUAGUUACAUCUUCAGCAAGAACAGAACUAAUAUUGUUGGAAGAGGAAAGAGCUAGUCAACAAAAUAUUCCUAAAGAUGAAACCAAAUGAGGAUUUCUUUUCUUGACUGAAACACAUCUUGGAAAUUUGGAAGCAGACUGUAUUAGAAAAAAAGACACGCAGAAAUAUGUUACCUUCUCCAAGAGUUUUCAACGAACUGAAAAUGGAACUGAAAUGUAUCGAGUCUAAAGAAUAUUCUUCACUACAGUUGCAUUUCCAAGUACAUAAAUGUGUCAUAUAGUAGCUCCUAUUAAAGACAUUUGUUUCUAGGAUUUGCUCCAGAAGAAACAAUUACUAAGGAAAAUGAGGUGUUCAUAGUUAAUUAAUAAAGUUCAAUCACAAUUCUCUUGAUCAUGCAAAAUAAACCAUCGAAUGGAGCAAAGACAGUAAAAAGACUGAUUCAUUCUAGAUGUCUAAAACAUGCCAAUUAUGUUUAGGCUGUAGAUUAUUUGCCGAAAAGAGUAUGAAGCUACUGCUACGAGGACUUGAAACAUAUUUACCUGUUUCGAUUGUAUUUUAAAAUGUAUUUCCAUCCUGAAAUUGCUUUUUUAAAUAUAUUUUCUUUAUGUCAGAUAGAAUUAUAUGUGUAUUCCACAGUCAUUUUAAAAUGUAGAACAAACAGAAAUAAUAGCUAGGGCAAUACUUUUUUCCUUUUUUUUUUUUUUUUGGUUAAUAGGGUGGUUACUGUUUAGUCUUAAAAGCCAAAAGACUGUUGUGAAAAGCUAUAUAGUUGAUUUGUAUCAAAAUGCUAAAAUAAAGGAUGGCAACUGAGGAGAGUAACAAAAAUUGGGGGUAAUAAGGUUCAUGAUGUAUAUACGUACCAAAUGAGUUAAUGCACAGAAUGAAGCAUAUGAUCUAUAGCACUUCAGUGGAAUCACUCCAAAGCUUUUCUAGAAAAAUAAGAUGUAUAUAGUUAUAUACUUUUUUGUUUAUAUUAAAGCCUCUCUCAAGUGCACAACCAAACAAAAAGGUACAUACCUGAUAGCAUUCACUGUACAUGUAUUAUUACAAUGUCAAAUAUAUUCGCAAUUCACAGUAAAUUCACUGUAUGGAUAAUAAAUGCGGUAACAUU